UCCUCCCGUCCUCCUCUCGUCUUUCUCCCGCCGCCACUCUAAACCCUAAACCGCCGCCACAGCCGCUGCCAUGUCGCCGCCGCCGCAGCCGCAGCUGAAGGACAAGGCGGCGCACGAGGUGCCGCGCGCGACGGCGGCCAGCGCCGUGGCGUCCCUCACCAAGUGGAUGCGGCAGCGCGCGGCCGAGGCGCCGCCGAACCUGCUCGCCGACGAGCGCGACGACCUCGUCGUGCUCCAGCUCUCGCUCCGCCGCGUCCCGCCCAAGCCCACCACCAAGCCGCACCUGCUCCCGCUCCCGCACCCCGUCGUCGCCCACUCGGCCGCCUCCGUCUGCGUCAUCUCCGACGACCGCGCCGGCUCCGGCUCCCCCGCCGCCGCCGCCAUCCUCGACGCCGCCAGGUCCCUCAAGCUGCCCGUCUCGGAGGUCGUCCCCUUCUCCGCCCUGCGCACCGACUACCGCCCCUACGAGUCGCGCCGCCGCUUCGCCGCCUCCUACGACCUCUUCCUCGCCGACCGCGCCCUGCUCCCCAUGCUGCCCCGCCUCCUCGGCAAGUCCUUCUACUCCACCAAGAAGGCCCCCAUCGCCGUCGACUUCACCCGCGCCGGCUGGCCGGAGCAGGUCCGCAAGGUCCUCAGCUCCACUUUCCUGUACCUGCGGACCGGGACCUGCUCGGGGAUCAAGGUGGGCAGGCUGGACAUGGAGGAGGAGGAGAUUGUUGACAAUGUGAUGGCGGCAGUGGAGGCCGCCGUGGAGAAGGUGCCCAAGAAGUGGGAAAACGUGAGGGCUCUGCAUUUGAAGGCUGUGGAUUCGGUUGCCCUGCCAAUUUACCAGGUUGUGCCGGAGUUGGGCAUGAAGAUUGAGGCUCCGGUUGCGCGUUUGGAAGCAGGAGUUGGUGCCGGAGAGGUCAUCGAUGCUGCAGAAGUUGGGACUGGCAGCAAGCGCAAGGACAAGAAGAUGAAGGCGCUGAAAGAUGCCAAUGGUGGAGCUGAAGGUUUGAAGUACAAGAGGAAAAGGAACAAGAAGGAUCAGACUGAAGAUGCUGUGAUGGAAGAAGCCCCAGAGGCGACUGAGAAGAGGAGGAAGAAGGAGUCGGUUGAGGAGCUUUCUGCUGGUGAAGACCUGAAGACCCCAAAAAAGGGCAAGGAUAAGAAGCGUGCAUUGGACAAGGAGGUGGAGGAUGAUGCCAGUCCUGCAGAAAAGAAGGGUAAGAAGAGUGAGCAUGCAUCGAAGGAAGCCAGCAACAAGAAAAGUAAGGACAAGCAAGCACCCAAGGAGGUGGAGGAUGUUGGCAGCAAGAAGAAUAAAGGGAAGAAGAAGAAGAGCCUGAAGGGUGAUUCUGAUGAUGGUGAAAUCCUUUUUGAUGGGGAAAGCACUCCUGCUGCCCUUAUAGCUGACAAGGAAGAGAAGAAGAGCAGGGGGAAGAAAUCAAGUGGUGAUAAGAUGAAGAGAUCCAGGGCAAGGGUCUAAGGCUGUAGUUGUUUUUCCUGAAGUUGAUGCUUGUCAGUUGAAUGCCAAUCUCUUGAAUUGAGACCAAGCUGCAUGUUCCAUGCAUAGUUAAGCUGGUUAAUAUGAUUACUGUCGAAUCUGCUUCUGUUUUGUAUUAGGAGAUUGCACUUGAGAUUAUACUGCUGGGUGUAAUACGGGGGCGAGGGGGAAUUUCUGGAGGUAGUUUCUUCAGAUUUUAGUAGCUGAAACCUUUGUGGUAAAAGUUAUGUGGAACUGUUUUUCUUUUCAUCUUUUGUAAUCCAUCUGGUAUGCAACAAUUUUGUGCGAGUCUGAUACUACCAUUCACGUGUUGGUCUGUCUUCAA